AUGAAAAGCGAUAGUUUAAAGCAUAAAAUAAAAAAUAUUGCGCCGCGUUGUGCCCGCGGUUCUCUUCUGGCCUGGCGGCGAGCUAUCCUUGCUGGACGCGCGACUUCCGCGAUUACUUUUGACGGAGAUCGAAGCUCGGGGCUCCUGCGGCAACUGGGAGAGUACAUGGUCGUGCCUCUAUCUGGAAAGAAACAAGUGGUGUUGUACCAGAAAUACACAUACUCGUUCAAAAACACAAAGAAGACUCACGCAUAUUGCUCAAAAUAUAUAAAGAAGAAAUGUCAGGCUCGUCUGACGUUCGAUGCAGAUAGAAACAUGACAGCAGCCUACACGAAGCAUAACCAUCCACCUCCAAUCUUUAUCAAGGACGAAUUUUCAGGCACAUUUAGAUACUAUACUCCUCAGAAUGUGAAACCUGCCAAACAGAAUAAGACAAUUAGGGGGGAGAAAAUUUUGAACUGUACGGAUAAAAUUAUUUGCAUAAAUACAGAGUUAGUAGGCAGGAAUUGUAAUGGCCGGACGUACGACGCGUUUCGCGCGCGCCUCAAAGAGCUAAUAUACCACCACAGACAGGGCUCUAUAGGGCUGAUGUUCAGUCAGCCGUGGUCGCGAGGUGUCGAAGUAAUCCAGCUCGCCGACAACGGACCAAUGGUUUACAUGUACCAGAAUUAUACGUUUGCGAUGCAAGGGGCUCAUAAAGAAUACGGAACUUGUUCAAGAAGAACCUCUAGGAAAUGCAAAGCUAAGUUUAAGUUGAAUGAAUAUGGUGAAAUUAUUUCUGCUCAGACUUAUCACAACCAUCCACCCCCUAAAUUAGUGAAAACUUCUAAUGGACGUAGAUUACCACGUUGUCCCGUUAGCAAAAGGCAAGUCAGUUAUUAUGUACCACAGCUACACAUACUCUUACCACGUGAAAGGGAAAUCGUUAUUGAGAUGUUCGCAGAAAAUGAGUGCGAGUUGAUCACUCUUAACGGCAGGAAAGUUCUUCUAUACCAAGGCUACACAUUUUCUCAACAUGGGGUGUCGCCACGUAACCGCUAUUGUUCUAAGAAGCUAUCAAUGAAGUGCCCAGCAAGUUUGGUAAUAGAUGCUGAAGGCAACGUAGUAGUUUUUAAGAAAGGUCAUAACCAUCCACCUCCUCGUAUAUUGCGAGUGAAAUCAGGAAUGUAUGUCACUUGUGGUGGAGUUCACAUUGAAAGAAUCUGUGUUGGUAAACAAAGGAAACAGUUGAUCAUGAUCAGCAAUUAUACCUUCGCGAGAACCACCACUGAUGAUAGGUACUGGAACUGCAGCAAGAAGUAUUCUACCAAGUGUCCAGCGAAACUUCGGUUCAGCGAUUCUGGAGCGCUACUUCACUAUGAACUGGACCACAAUCAUGAACCACCAUCUUAUUUUAAAACGAAAGCAGGACAUUAUGUGAAACUGUCUUAAAACAUAGUCCUACAUACAAUUCUCCAUUUUCUUAUAAUAAUUACC